AUGGCCGCCGCACCUCUGCCGGAGCUUGCGGCAACCAACGGUCGUCGCCUCCUCCGCCGGCAGCCGCCAUUAGCAACCGGCGAUGGCGAUGAUCGCCGGAGGCGGCCGACGGUGGUCACCACCGAUGAUUGUCGGCGGCGGUGGUGGUCGCCGAUGGCGGCGCCGGCGGCCGGUGACGACCGGCAAGCGGGGUCGACAGCGGUGGGCAACGACAGUGGAUGGCGACCACGGUGGACUAGGGACAGAUUACACUCUACCAAACAUAGCCUAAAGGCGCAGCGUGGCAAGGCGGAGUCUUCCUCGCCGCCGCCCUAUCCUAAGAGGAGAAAGGUUGAACCUUCAUCCAACUCCAAGUCGCAACUUGGUUUCCUUGAAAAGAUGAGAAUGAGGUUAUCAGGAGGCCAUUUCAGAAUGUUAAAUGAGAAAUUAUACACUUGCAAUGGUACCGAGGCAUUCAACUUAUUCAAGGAUGAUCCACAACUAUUUAAUGUGUAUCAUGCAGGAUACCAAGAGCAAAUGUUGCAUUGGCCACAACAACCAGUUAACACGAUCAUUAAAUGGCUAAAGAGUCAUAGUUCUUCUUUGACAGUUGCUGAUUUUGGUUGUGGGAAUGCAACACUAGCAAGAAAUGUGAAGAAUAAGGUCUUCUCCAUUGACCUUGUUUCCAAUGACCCAUCAGUAAUUGCCUGUGAUAUGGCUCACGUAUGCACUACCUCUUUUCUUUGUAAUGAUUUCAUUAUUGAUUAUUUUCCUUAACAUG